AUGUUUUUGAAUGUGGAGAAUCUUGAUGUGCUGUCUUCUGCCUACCAGCAUCAAGCAGCUGGAGAAGGAAUGACAAAUGCUUGUCUGGCUGCAGUCCAUGACAAGCCCCCUGCAUAUCAGAGUCCCAUGGAAGAGCCCAGCCAGUUCUCCAACAAGGCUAUCCGCCAAGGACACAAGUUCUUUCCACCUUUUAGUCCUGUGAUCUUUAUUUUGGCAGUUGUCCUUAGCUGCUGUGAUAAUGCCCACAGAAAAUUUCCACUGAAUUUCAUUUUAUUGGCAAUAUUUACAGUCCUCAAAGGUCUAAUGCUUGGAUCAACUUCAGCCCUAUUCGAAGCAGAUGCAGUGAUGUGGGCCAUUGGUGCAACAACAUUUGUGAUUUUAGGACUGUCUAUAUUUGCUCCGCAGACAAAACGGGACUUUGCCAUAGCAACUGGAAUCCUCUUGGCUGUGGUCCUGAUGCGGAUGCUGUUUGGUAUUCCUUGUGCCAUCUUACAUAAGUCAUUCCUGAGCAGACUUCACCUAGUCUCUUAUGAAAGCUUACAGUACCUCUGAUUUCUUUUGGAUUCCAUAUCCAGUUACAUUGCCUUACCUUUAAAUAUUCUCUGUAUUUUAGUUCCAGCUUGCCUUAAGACAAGCUAACAUAUUGCUCCCUGCCUCUACUGGUUUUAUCUAACUGGCUUUGGGUUAACUCUGAAAAAAGACUUCACUAUCUAUUCCCUUAUCCCACUUCUCCUGUCAGGCUUUGCUACAAAAUGCCUCUCUUCCCUCUCCCAAUGCUAUAUCAAAACACAGAGCCAAACACUUGGGUGAAACUCUAUUGACUUCAUUCAAAUUUCACAGGGAUAAAAUUGGAUCAUUCUGUCUGUGCAACAGCAGUAGAUCUUUAAGUUUCUUGAACAUAACAGAACUGGUGGUAGCAUGAUAAUAAAGAGUUAGUUUUACCUAACAGAUCUGUAUGAAUCUAGAUGUAACUGAAGUCACUUAAGGACCCUCUUUCUACCCCACCCCCCAGUGCCUUUAAAUUGUCUAUGCCUCAAUAGGAACAUUGGUCUUCAGUAUAGUAUUUC